CCGCUUCUCCCCAAGACCUGCAGCCAUGGACCUGUCCGAGAUUCCGUUCGACGUGCCCGUCAUCCUGCAGUCGCUGUCCAAGCGCAAGAACCUGCAGAACCCGCUCGGAUCCUCCAAGGCGCGCUGCCUCGAAGACAGCCGCGACGUGUACGAGCAGCUCGUGCUGCGUCGAGUGCGCGACGACAAAGUGGCCAUCCAAUGCGCGCGCAACGGCCGCUACCUGCAGGUGCGCGCGUCGGGCGAGUGCGUCUUCGACCCGAAGGAACCGGGCGACUGGGAGCUCUUCACCAUGGAGACGGACGCCAGCUGCGCGCUCUUCUUCGUGUCGUGCCACACGGGCAACGUCCUCCAGUGCGACGACUGCUGCGUCGCCAAGUGCGCGAACCACAACCGCCUACACUGGGAGAGCUGGCGCAUCCUGGAGCCCCGCACCGUGGCCGCUGCCCCCACGACCCAAGUGCAGGCGGCCCCGGACCGACGUGACGUUCUCGUCGGCAAGGAGCGCCAGGACUUCAUCCUCGUGCUCGUCAAGUACGUCAAGUCGCUGAAAGAGAUCGACCAGAUUGUGUCGCGUCUGUUUGAUGCCCCAAUGUCAGCGUCGGCUUCGAGCUCGCCCUCGGCGUUCGCUGUUCCAGUCGACAAGGCGUAGGCGCAGAGCAGCAUCAAACACGGAACGGGUACUAGUAUUGCAUAUUUAGUGGAGCGCUGUGUGCCGUUCGUACCCCCCCCCCAAUCAUCUAGCUUUCACCUGAACACUGC